AUGAAGUACACCUGCGCACUGCUCCUGCUAGCCUCCGUGGCCUGUGUCCUGGUGAGCCUCUCCAGUGCGGCCAGUUCCACGACCACCACGGAAGCCACUUCUUCUGGCACCACCACCACCACGGCAGCCUCUUCGUCCUCGGACACCACCACAACCACUACGGCCUCCUCCUCGGACAGCACCACUACCACCACAGAGGCCUCAUCCUCUUCGUCGUCGGGCAAGAAGAAGCACGUAAUCCACUACAAGCGGAAGAUCCAUCGCCCCAAUAAGAUCACCAAGACCCGUCGCAACAGGAAUCGCAAGAAUCGCAGUGGUUAA